AUGCUCCUUCUUAUGAGAGAUGAAACCGCGUCCGGGCUCGCAAAACUCAGUACCCAGGUAACUGAAGCAUCCAGGAGACCCGAUACUCAGGAAUCUACGAUUAUCGACGUGAGCCACGUCGAGCCGGUUGAAUCCAACUCUGGCGAGAAACGAGGCGGCAAUACAACGGCCGGAAAUGAGGAGGAGCCUACUGACCAAGAUCCACAACGUCCUUUUAAUGUUGUGACGAAUCUCUCGUUCGGCUGCGGGCCCAACUGUAAAUGCAGAUGCCACACGAAAUCAAACCUGGGCACGCCACAGUUUCUCUCCGCUGUUGCGGGACGAAUCGUAGUUAACAUUACUGGGAUCACAGUCAGGCUUCGCAGCGCUUGCAGCCAUCCGACCUGUACGAGGCUUAGAAGCUCUGUUCGAGUCACCCUUGCUUUCCCGAAUUGGAUCGUCAAGCGAGCGAUUUGUGCGCAACUCUUUUGGAACAGCGGGCUCAACAGCGGGGCGUCCUUGCACCUGAAAGUGCGACGCACCAUUCCGUUUGGGGAUGGCGUAUGGACAUCAAUCGAAAACCAUGACCUCAAUGGCUUGCAGAGGAUGCUGUUGCAGAGAACUAUAUUUCCAACUGAUAUUGAGGAAGGCCAUGGACAAGGACUUCUCCAGUUUGCCAUUCGUAUGGCGCGGAAGCCAUCUUCGACCCCGGGUGCUAUAUGGGAGAUAAUCUCGCUAUUAAUGGAGCUUGAUCCCGAAGUCAACCGCGAAGACUACAUCGGAAGAUCACCGAUUGGUGAGAUAGCUCUCAUGCUUUCCUUGCCUGAUCGCCCCUGCGAGCUUGAUGGCCUCGCUAGGAGGGCGAUCUCUCUCGGUGGUGAUGAGUUUCACGACUGCAAUACAAUUAUCCAUGAUGCCAUAUUCGGUCGCAGUCAAUUAAGUCUCCAGGAAUCACUUAAUAUUGAGCCAAAAUCCAUUGACAAACUCGAUGCGGCUGGAUUAUCUCCUCUUCACUGGGCAGUCCACCGGAAUAAUGUCACGGCUGUUGAAAUACUUCUGACGUGGAAGGCCCCUGUGGAUCUUGUUACUAGAGGAGAGAGACGCACUGCACUUCAUAUUGCGGCUAGAUCUGGGAAUGUAGUUUUGUCCAAGAUGCUUCUAGAUGCCGGUGCUAAAAUAAACUACCGUGAUAUUUAUCAGCGAACGGCACUUUGUCUGGCCGCAUUAUCGGGGGCAGCAGACCUAGUUCACCUCUUACUUUUCCAGGGUGCCGAUGUCCACGCACAAGAGACGGAUGGCAUCACCGUCAUACAGCGGGCUAUUGAACCAGAUACCCACCCCAAGGAUGAGCAAGCAAUCGAGCUUAUCAUUGAAAAAUUGGCACAGUUUGGGGCCGACUUGAAUUGUGAAGGAAGAUCUGGUGAAACACCCAUAAUGACAGCUAUACGUUACAACUCCCCUGCCGCCUUCCGAGAAUUGGUCUCGAGAGGAGCACGAGUUGAAAAGAAGGAUGGCAAGGGCUGGACUGUACUACACUAUGCUGCAUAUUUUGCAAACACAUCAAUGAUCCAAGCUCUUGAGAAAGUGAAUAUGUCCAUCGUCGACCCCGACUCUCACGACCACGCAGGGAAAACGGCCGAGACUAUCCUGGACGAGAAGCUUGAAGAGGGAGGAAAUGGUGAAACAGCGACGGCUGCAGUUUCCUUCCGAGAGAUGAUUGCCACCGUCAAGCUGGAGUAUUCCAAACAAAUGAGGAGAGAAUCUACUAAGCAAUAUCAAAGCGAAGAUGACAGUGGCACUGACACAUAUGAAGACUGCUCAGAUUAUUACCACAGUAACAGCACUGGGCUAAACACAGACUCGGCUGGGUAA